UCGAGUUUUGAGUUAUGGGGAGUUAACUGUAGUUUUUUUUUAUAACAAAUACAAUAUUCAAUAACUGGAUUGCUCAUUGUUUUUUUUUUUCAUUGGCCUAUUUCAAUGCAUAGAUAUUUGAAGAACUUUCUUAAAAGCAUUAGAAAAUCAUUCAAUAAUUUUCUAUAUGUUAAAAUAAGCUUUAUUUCAACUGAAUUUCAUUCUGUAAUUAUUUUACUUCAUAUUUAAUUUCACAAUGAAUACAUAAAUAAUCGACCAUCCGGGGGUGAAAUGAGCAUCACUAAUACCAUCCGUUCAAGUGAAAUUCUAUACCGCGAUCAAAAGUACGUUUUGUUUUGUAUCUCCUCACGUGAAAAUUUACCGCUGAUUCGGAAAAAAAUAACAAAAAUGGGUCGAAAACGAGUGACUGCUGCCAAGAAACGAGUGCUCCGAAGUGCGACUGCAAAAAACAUUGGAUUCCUUGUUGAAAAACUUCCGGAAUUGCAGGUAAAACAUCCUGAUCAUUGUUGACCACAACCUAACGAUGAACUGUUGUUAUUGACUCGGUGGAGAGUGAAACCUAACCUGAUUUGUUGUUCUUUCCAGGAAUCUGACGUAAAGAGCACACCAGCAAGCAAAAAGGUGAAAUUUCAAUCCGACAUUGACGUGCAGGACGAUGAUUCUGGACCUGACUUAGUAGUCAAUAAGGAUAGAGAUUUCGAAAAAUAUAUGGGCUCAGAUUCCGAUGAUGAUUCACCAUGCGAAUCCAUCGCCGCGCAACCUGUUUCGAAGCCGCUGCUUAGAACAUAUCGCCGGAGAAUAACCAUCGAUGAGUUGCUCGAGGAUUGGAAUGUCGGUGAUCAGAAUGCAACAACAAACAGCGGAAUUGGAGUAAAUUUGGAAGAACCAUCGGAACCUAUCGCGAAAAGCAGCAAUACAAUUGAAUGUUCGUGUGGGAUGGCAGAAGAGGCUAAAAAAUACAAGAAUUUGUAUGAGUCUCUACUUACGGCAACGAUGGAUAAAGAAGCAGUACGUCAAGAUUCUCUAGAUCCUGCUACCAAGGAAAAGCUUCUCAAACAAAAUGCGGAACUGGUUGGACGCAACGCAAAGCUUCAGGAAGCCUUGACAUCGAAGCUGUUGCCACAGCCCGAAGUUCCUUUCAAAGAUGUGAAAGGCGAUUUUCUGGACGCUGAGACCAUCCGUUUGAUUUCAAUAGAAGCUGACACGGAUUAUCUAUUCAUGAAGUUUCUCAUGAUGAGACUAUGGCCAGAGGGUUUAACCGGUCGUUCAGUUACCGGGCGUCGGUCUAAUAAUCCUUCGGGCCGUUCAAAAUCAAAGCCUUCAAACGCCAGCGACCAUACGGAACUCCCAGAAUCAACCAACGUCAUCAGAGCCGCUGAGGAUGCCGAAGGAGCAACAAAGCGUCCCCUCGAAAAAGAUAGGGUCGAUUUUCUGAUCUCUUGUCUGUAUCGCCGUCGAGUAUUCUUGAAGGAUGAUGCCAAUACUGCCCAAGUACAUACCAAAGCAGGAAUCUCGCUGAUGACACGAGUAAUCGCGAAUUCGACGCGUAAGUGAGACAAGAUUCAGCGAAUUUGCGGAUGCGAUUUUUAAUCAUUAAUUUUUAACGUGUAACUCUUGACUGUUUGAAUUGUUUUGUUGCCUGUUACAUUGUCAUAAUGUCUGAGUUAGACGAAUA